AGUGGACUCCUUACUCAAGGGCUACAUUUUCGUGGCAGCAAUCAUGAGGUUUUGAAGAUUACCAUUAUCGUUCUGUUCAGUCUUUCUUGGAUCCAUUCAUACCUCUCGUACUGAAGGUGAAGAUUCAUUGAUCAUGGGUGUCGAUAAUUCAGGGGCCACAGCGGGACCAAACAGCACAGUUGUCACUCCUUCAGAAUCAACUCCAAGCCAACGCGGCGAGGACGAUAGACAACCACAAGGCAAGCAGCCACUAAGCAAACGUGGUCUGGCUGUGAUAUGGGAUUCCCUCGACAAAACACCCAAAGAGCGAGCUCUGAUCGCGAAACUCGAUUGGUGGAUCCUCAUUUAUGUCUGCGGAGCAUAUUUUGUAAAAUACCUCGACCAAACGAAUGUUUGUAUUGCCCUUUCCCACAAAGUUUAUAUCUAAUCCCAACACCAGGUCUCAAAUGCUUAUGUCUCGGGUAUGAGAGAGGGUCUCAAUCUGAAAGGAAACGACCUGAACCUUCUCACAACGUAUUGGACCAUCGGAUACAUCAUAGGCCAAUUUCCAUCCCAGAUGAUAAUGACCAAGAUCCCCCCUUCGAUCUGA